GGAAAUGAAAGCAGAAAAAUAUUGAACAUCAAGGAUGUACUUCCACAGAUCUCUGAUUGUUUUAUCAGCAGUUCUAGCCUUUGUAUCAGCUGCACAUUUUCUUGAUGAAGAAUGGACUUUAUGGAAAACUAAACAUGGAAAAAAAUAUGUGUCUGAGAUGGAUGAAGAUUUUCGCAGAGAAGCCUGGAAUAAUAACUGGUUGAAAGUCCAGAAACAUAAUGCGCUGGCAUCCCAGGGUCUGAAGAAUUACACAAUGGCUAUGAAUCAAUUUGCAGAUAUGACUCCAAAUGAGAUGAGAUCACAGAAUUGUCUGUCCUGCUCAGGACAAAAUAUACCAAGAGCAGUAACUGAACCAAAAGUAACAAUUGCUCAAGAAGCAGAUAAUUGCCCAAAUGGCAUCUGUGAAACUGUCAGUGAAAUCCCUAAGUUUGUGGACUGGAGAGAAUCAAAAUGUGUAACUCCUGUGAAAAGUCAAGGUAUAUGUGGCUCCUGCUGGGCUUUUUGUACGGUGAGUGUCCUUGAAUCCCGUUACUGCAUUAAGCACAAUAAACAGGUCAUUUUCAGUGAGCAGCAGUUUGUUGACUGUGACUACGGCAAUGGCGGCUGUUGUGGAGGAAUGCCUGAUAGAGCCUUCAGUUAUGCCUUUCACCAUCGGAUUAUGGAGAGCAAGGAUUAUGAAUAUAAUGAAGGGCGAUCUCUCUGCUUGUUCAGACAAUCGGAUGCUGUCAAAUUAAACAUGAGCAAAUAUUAUACACUGCCAGGAGAGGAUAAUAUUGCAAAAUCUGUGGCGAUGGAUGGACCUGUUACAUUUGCUUUUGGUGUUCAUGACGAUUUCUUUCUAUAUAGUGGAGGGAUCUAUGAUGGGGAAUGUUCUGCACACAUUAACCAUGGAAUGACUAUUAUUGGCUAUGGCUCAUCAUGUGGAACAGACUACUGGAUAAUUAGAAAUAGUUGGGGUAAAGGAUGGGGUGAAGAAGGUUAUGCAAAAAUUAAACGGAAUGUUAAUAUGUGUUUUAUUGGGGACUAUGCCUCAACAGCAGAUAUUCCAAGUCCGGAAUAAAAUGAAAAGAUUAACUGUAUAUGAUCUGUUUUUCCGCACAUAAAAUUACAAAAAAAUAAAAUAAAAAAAGAACAGUCUUCAUAUCCCAACAACCCCCAUUUUCCCAAGAUAGAGUUUCCCAUUAGAACGAAAAGUGAACUAGUGGUCAUUACAGUCUAGUAUCACAGCUAUUUGGAAAAGAGAAGCCAAAUAACACAGGUUAAACAAAACAGUUUGUGAAAUCUAAUAAUAUAAUAUAAUAUACAAGAACCAUCUAGAAUCCAAGAAUAUAAAUGUAUUGUGUCUACAAAUGUUCUUACAAGUUAUCAAGUGGUAACGCUUGGUUUAUAGUGUACUAAUAUGUUUCACUGUGCCAUCAUGCAUCACCUCUCUAGAUAUGUACCAGGGGUUUUGUGUUUUUAAUACAAUUAUCUUAUAUUAGGUGUAAAAUAUUAUGGCAACAUUGAUUUAUGUAUUAAAUAAAAUUGUGUAUUCUAGAAUUUUGUUAUAAAUUUAAAUAUAUUUCACUUUGUUUAUUAAAGAAACACAGUCUGUCACAUAUCUUCAUUUUCCAAAUAUGUAAUUGGCUAAGAACAUUAAAUUAAAAGUCUUUUGAGCACAAA